AUGAGCUGGUUCAACGCCUCCCAGCUCUCCAGCUUCGCCAAGCAGGCCCUGUCUCAGGCCCAGAAGUCCAUCGACAGGGUCCUAGAUAUCCAGGAAGAGGAGCCGAGCGCGUGGGCCGAGACCAUUCCGUACGGAGAGCCAGGAAUAAGUCCCCCUGUCAGUGGAGGAUGGGAUACUUCAACCUGGGGGUUAAAAUCCAACACUGAACCUCAGAGUCAGCCAGUAGUCUCUCCUAAAGCAAUUACAAAGCCAGUUCGGAGAACUGUGGUAGAUGAAUCUGAAAAUUUCUUCAGUGCCUUUCUCUCUCCAGCUGAUGUCCAGACCAUUCAGAAGAGCCCAGUGGUAUCAAAACCACCAGCCAAGUCACAGCGACCAGAAGAAGUGAAAAGCACCUUACAGGAGUCCUUGCACACUGGACAGUCAAGAACACCUGAGGCCACUGAGUCAAAAGUAAAGGACUCCCCUCCGUGUGUAUCCGAGGAAACUCCGGCAGUCAGUACUCUGUCACCUGAAACUGAGCAUAAGCAUGAAGAAAGUGUUCAUAAAGAAUCUGAUACGAAGGUGCCAACAGUGCAUUUGAAAGUAUCUGAAAGUGUUAUGAAUAUGAAAACAACUAGGGAAAAUGUGUCUAAUAUGUCUACACAGCCUCUAACAGCAGAACCCAAGGACAUGGCUUUGGAACCUAAGGAACAAAAACAUGAAGACCGACAGAGCAAUACACCUUCUCCUCCUGUUAGUACCUUCUCGUCAGGUACUUCUACCACUAGUGAUAUUGAAGUUCUAGAUCAUGAAAGUGUAAUAAGUGAGAGCUCAGCAAGUUCUAGACAAGAAAAUACAGAUUCAAAAUCAAGCCUGCACUUGAUGCAGACAUCCUUUCAGCUUCUCUCAGCAUCUGCUUGUCCUGAAUAUAAUCGUUUAGAUGAUUUCCAAAAACUCACUGAGAGUUGCUGCUCAUCUGAUGCUUUUGAAAGAAUAGACUCAUUUAGUGUACAGUCAUUAGAUAGCCGUAGUGUCAGCGAAAUCAAUUCAGAUGAUGAACUGUCAGGCAAGGGAUAUGCUCUAGUACCUAUUAUACUUAAUUCUUCAACUCCAAAGACCAAAACAAUUGAAUCUGUUGAAGGAAAACCUGAAGAAGCAAAUGAAACAUUAAUUAUGCCCAAUGAGGAAACAGAAAUGGAAGAAAGUGGCCGAAGUGCAACUCCUGUUAACUGCGAACAGCCUGAUAUCUUGGUUUCUUCCACAUCAGUAAAUGAAGGCCGCGCUGUCCUGGAUGAGGAGGCUGAGCAGCCUGAAGCUUCAAGACAGCCAGAAGCACCUUCUGAGAAGGAAGAUGUCUGCAAGACAGUUGAAUUUCUGAAUGAGAAACUGGAUAAAAGGGAAGCUCAGUUAUUAUCUCUUAGUAAAGAAAAAGCACUUCUAGAGGAAGCUUAUGAUAAUCUGAAAGAUGAAAUGAUCAGAGUGAAAGAAGAAAGCAGUAGCAUUUCUUCCUUGAAAGAUGAGUUUACUCAAAGAAUUGCAGAAGCGGAAAAGAAAGUUCAGCUAGCCUGCAAAGAGAGAGAUGCUGCUAAAAAGGAAAUCAAAAGUAUAAAAGAAGAACUUGCUACUAGAUUAAAUAGUAGUGAAACGGCAGACCUUUUGAAAGAGAAAGAUGAGCAGAUCCGAGGGUUACUGGAAGAAGGAGAGAAGCUUUCAAAACAGCAGCUGCAUAAUUCUAACAUCAUUAAGAAAUUAAGAACUAAAGACAAAGAAAAUGAAAAUAUUAUUGCAAAGCUGAACAAAAAAGUUCAAGAGCUAGAAGAAGAGUUACAACAUUUAAAACAGGUCCUUGAUGGCAAAGAAGAGGUUGAGAAACAACAUAGAGAAAAUAUUAAGAAACUAAAUUCUGUGGUAGAACGCCAAGAGAAGGACCUUGGCCGACUUCAAGUAGACAUGAAUGAACUUGAAGAAAAGAACCGAAGUAUUCAGGCUGCUCUUGAUAGUGCAUACAGAGAACUUACUGAUCUCCACAAAGCCAAUGCUGCAAAGGAUAGUGAGGCCCAGGAAGCUGCUCUGAGUCGUGAAAUGAGAGCUAAAGAAGAACUUUCUGCAGCACUGGAGAAGGCUCAAGAAGAAGCCCGUCAGCAGCAGGAAACAUUAGCAAUUCAAGUGGGGGACCUUAGGCUGGCACUGCAACGUGCAGAGCAAACAGCUGCCAGAAAAGAGGAUUAUUUACGCCAUGAGAUCAGUGAACUCCAGCAGAGACUCCAGGAAGCAGAGAAUCGAAACCAAGAACUGAGUCAAAGUGUUUCAUCAACAACAAGACCAUUGCUUCGACAGAUAGAAAAUUUGCAAGCAACUCUAGGGUCCCAGACGUCAUCAUGGGAGAAGUUAGAGAAGAAUCUUUCUGAUAGACUUGGUGAAUCCCAGACCUUGUUGGCAGCAGCAGUUGAGAGAGAACGUGCAGCCACAGAAGAACUUCUUGCUAACAAAAUUCAAAUGUCUUCCAUGGAAUCACAGAAUUCUCUCUUAAGACAAGAAAAUAGUAGAUUUCAGGCUCAGCUAGAAUCAGAGAAAAAUAGGCUAAGAAAACUAGAGGAUGAAAAUAAUAGGUACCAGGUUGAAUUAGAAAACCUAAAAGAUGAAUAUGUAAGAACACUUGAAGAGACAAGGAAAGAAAAGACACUGUUGAAUAGUCAGUUAGAAAUGGAGAAAAUGAAAGUUGAACAAGAAAGGAAGAAAGCAAUUUUCACUCAAGAAGCAGUAAAAGAAAAGGAGCGGAAACCAUUUUCUGUUUCUAGCACUCCUACAAUAUCACGUUCAAGUUCAAUAAGUGGAGUUGAUAUGGCAGGCCUACAGACAUCUUUUCUGUCUCAGGAUGAGCCUCAUGAUCACUCAUUUGGACCAAUGUCUAUGUCAGCAAAUGGAAGCAAUCUUUAUGAUGCUGUAAGAAUGGGAGCGGGAUCAAGCAUUAUUGAAAAUCUACAAUCUCAGCUGAAGCUAAGGGAAGGAGAAAUUUCUCAUUUACAGCUAGAAAUUGGCAGUCUAGAAAAAACACGCUCCAUAAUGGCUGAAGAGCUAGUUAAAUUAACAAAUCAAAAUGACGAACUGGAAGAGAAAGUGAAGGAGAUACCCAAACUUCGAAUGCAGCUAAGAGAUUUGGAUCAAAGAUACAACACUAUUCUGCAGAUGUAUGGAGAAAAAGCAGAAGAGGCAGAAGAACUUCGAUUAGAUCUUGAAGAUGUAAAAAAUAUGUAUAAGACUCAAAUAGAUGAACUUUUAAGACAAAGGCUCAGUUAA